AAUCCACUCUUGGAUCCACAAACAGGCGUCACGUGUAUUAUUCUGUUAAUUUGCAUAUAUGACACCGCCCAGAGGGACGAACAUGAUAAUCUACCAUUGACUGAAGGCAAAACGAGCGAAGGGGAGAAAAAAAAAAAGCUGGAAAAAAAGUUUUCACCGGUGAGGGCUAUUUUAAAGCAGCUGAAGUGUUUCGACAGAGAGGGACAGGCGGUUGACGGGCUCUUUGCCCCACUUUUGGAUUAGCUACGAUAUGGACGCUUUGAAAUCCGCCGGAAGGGCAAUCAUACGGAGCCCCAGUAUCGCCAAACAGUCAUGGGGUGUUGGCAAGCAUAAAAAGCUCCCAGAGAACUGGACGGACACGAGGGAGACCCUACUGGAGGGAAUGGCGUUCCAGCUCAAGUACCUGGGGGUCACAAUGGUUGAGCAGCCCAAAGGAGAGGAGCUGUCUGCGGCAGCUGUCAAGAGGAUAGUGGCCACAGCAAAAGCAAGUGGAAAAAAGCUCCAGAAAGUCACGUUAACAGUCUCCCCACGAGGUAUCAUCCUCUAUGACAGUGCCUCCAACCAGAUGAUAGAAAACAUCUCCAUACACAGAAUAUCAUAUUGCACAGCAGACAAGAUGCAUGACAAAGUGUUUGCCUACAUCAUGCAGAACCAGCGCAACGAGACUCUCGAGUGUCAUGCAUUCCUCUGUACCAAGAAAAAAAUGGCCCAGGCAGUAACCCUAACAGUGGCUCAGGCUUUCAGAGUGGCAUUUGAAUUCUGGCAAGCUGCCAAGGAAGAGAAAGAGAAACGAGAGAAGUCAGAUUCAGACGCUGAAGGAGCCAGGAACACCCGGCCAGACGGCUUGGUCAGCCUGGGCAGCCUGGAGGGAGGAGCGGUAGCCACAGGGAAACUUCUGGACCUGACUGAGGGAGCCAAUGUGCCGCCAGUCCACUCAGGAACAAAGCAGGCUCAACUGGAUCCCUUUAUGGUGCAUAAUCACGCAACAGAGAACAACAAUACUGUAUGGGAGUUGGACGAUGGUCUGGACGAGGCUUUCUCAAGACUCGCUGAGUCUCGCACUAACCCCCAGGUCCUGGACAUUGGGGUAAACCCUCAGGACUUCAACACAGAAGAGUGCCUGUCACCAGGUAAAUGGGACCAAGAGGACACAGACUUCACCGCACAAAAAGACACUUUUGGGUUCUAAAGUGAAGCCUCUGCCCAGAGGGGAGAAACGGAGAAAUUUAAAGAGAAAUGGUGGAAAACUGGUUGGAAACCAGAGAAGUAGCAAGAAAGACAUUUGUGACAUCAGUGGGGUUUCCCACCUUCUCUGUGUUGCCACAUCCUCUCAGUUGUGCUGUGUAGUGGGUCUCUGAUGCUUCUGCAACUACAUGACCAGGGAAGGGCUACAUGGGCAGGCAGCUCACAGAACAGGCCAAAGCAAUACAAACCACUUGAUCCCUUUUUUAUGGGAGAACAUGCAGUCACUUAAUGUUUGUUACAGUCGGCACAUUACUUCCUCUUCUGUGUCUGUUAACCCAUUCACUGUUUUUAAUGUGCAUAUGUACAUUGCUUUAAACAAAGUGUGUAUGUGAGGAUGUACAAUAUAUAAAUGUGCAAAGUGAGGUAUGGACUAUAAUGCAAGUUGAGUAUGGAACAGUUCAUUGAGAUAAAUUCAACAUGGGUGCUGUCAUAUUUUAAUUACUCAGAGAUGGAGAAAUGUAACUGGAUUAUAUGGGGAAACUCACCAGUGCACCAGUUCUCAUACUGGACAAAACAAUUAACCUACUACCUAUGUGCUUCAAGGCUUCAGCCUUUUGUUGGUUGAUAAAAGCUUUAAAA